AUGGUCGAAGGCGUGACUGCGACUGCGCACCAACUGUCUGCGGCAAAGUCUGAAGGGGCCUCAGCGUACCGUGGCUUGGAUGCUAGAUCUGGACCGCCGCCGUCGAUAGCGUAUCUCACCCUACGGCCUUGGGCAGAUUGGCAAAACACGCCCGCCCACCUUGGCGACAACGUCAUCAAGGCCCAAAUGUCGCGGCUACUAAAUGUUGCUCCGGACAAGGGCAGGCAUUAG